AUGGCGAAAGAGUCAACUCCAAAUAGUAUUCAGCCUAAAAGUGUCAAGUUCGCGAUUGAUCGCGGCGGAACAUUCACAGAUGUUUGGGCAUCGAUACCGGGCCAGAGUGAUGUGGUUUUGAAACUGCUGUCAGUCGACCCGGGCAACUAUGAUGACGCGCCGGCAGAGGGCAUUCGGCGUGUCCUGGAAAUGGUGUCUGGCGCAGCCAUUCCUAGGCGGUCUCCCAUCCCCAAGGACCUAAUUCGUUCUAUUCGAAUGGGCACUACCGUGGCUACUAACGAGAUGCUGGUUAACACCCGCAAAGCUCUGCUGGAGCGGAAAGGAACUCGACAUGCCUUCGUUGUGAACCAAGGUUUUCGCGACCUUCUCGAUAUCGGCUAUCAGUCCAGACCGAAACUCUUUGACCUUGGGAUUCGCAAGCCAGAGCUUCUAUAUGACGAAGUUAUCGAGAUCUCAGAGCGUCUGACUGUGGAGGCGUACGACGAAGAUGCCUUCAAGAGCAGUCGCACCCAGCCUAAGGAGUCCCCAGGCCUUUUCGUCAGGGGUAUGACCGGAGAUUUACUCCGCGUAGUCCGACCCCUCGACGAAGAUGAAGUCCGCCAGAAACUACUGGAGAUCAAGUCCAAGGGCAUCGAGACACUAGCAAUCUGUCUCGCUCACUCUUACAUGUACCCGGCUCAUGAGAACAGAGUUGCCGAAAUUGCAAGUGACCUCGGCUUCGGCCAUAUCUCCACUUCGUCAAGCGUCGGUGCAAACAUGAUCAAAAUGAUCUCUCGUGGCAGCUCAGCUUCGGCUGAUGCAUACUUGACGCCGGAAAUCGUACGCUAUGUUAAAGGGUUCGCGAAACAGUUCCAAGAUGGCAAUCUCGGUGAUGUUUCGUGCGAGUUCAUGCAAAGCAACGGUGGCCUCGUCAGCCAUGAGGCAUUCAGUGGACUUCGCGGUAUUCUGAGUGGUCCCGCCGGUGGUGUUGUCGGCCAUGCUAGAACGUCGUACGACGGGAAGUCCCCUAUUGUGGGCUUCGACAUGGGUGGAACAUCAACAGAUGUCAGUCGGUAUGGCGGUUCUUUGGAACAUGUCUUUGAGUCUACUACAGCUGGCGUUUCCAUCCAAAGUCCACAACUAGACAUCAACACUGUGGCCGCCGGUGGUGGAAGCAUGCUUUUCUGGCGGGAUGGGUUGUUCAAGGUUGGGCCAGAGAGUGCGGGUGCUCAUCCUGGCCCUGCUUCGUACAGGAAGGGCGGUCCUCUGACAGUAACUGAUGCAAACCUCUUUCUCGGUCGGCUCAUUCCGAGUUACUUCCCUGCCAUCUUUGGCCCAGAUGAGAACCUGCCUCUCGAUUCCGAUAUCGUGGCAGAGAAAUUUGAAGAGCUCACAAAGACGAUAAACGCUGACACGGGACGCACGAUGACGCCACAUGAAGUUGCGAUAGGCUUUAUUGACGUCGCAAACGAGUCAAUGUGUCGCCCGAUUCGUGCUCUGACUGAAGCUCGCGGGUUUGUCACGGCCGACCACAACCUGGCUACCUUUGGUGGCGCUGGUGGUCAACAUGCCUGCGAAAUCGCCGAGAAGCUCGGAAUUGGACGCAUAGUGAUCCACAAGUACUCAAGUAUCCUGUCGGCGUAUGGCAUGGCACUUGCCGAGGUCGUGCAAGAAGCUCAAGAGCCCAGCUCCGAGAUGCUAUCAGAGGACUCCUUGCCAAGGUUGAAUGACAGAUUAUCCUUCCUCAAAGAAAAGGCUACCGCUGGUCUCUUGGCACAAAAUAUCAAUCAAUCGGCAAUCGAACACGAGUUUUAUCUCAACUUGAGGUACAAUGGCACGGAUACUAACUUCAUGAUCUUGGAGCCAGAUGACGGAGACUGGUUGGCGGCACUUGAGCGGGAACACCUACGGGAGCUUUCCUUCACAUUUCCCAGAACAAGAAAGGUCCACGUUGACGACAUCCGCGUUCGAGGUAUCGGGAAAGCGGAAGAGUCCAGCAGUGAUAAUGCCCGUUUAGUUGGAGAACUCAAGUCGCUCUCUUUUAAGAGUGCCCUGAAGCUCGAGGAUGGCUUUACUGACGCGUUCUUCACCGUGGGAGGACUUCAAUCCACCAAGAUCAUCCAGCUCAGCAGUCUGCAACCCGGUGCCGUGAUCAUAGGUCCGGCGAUUGUCAUCGAUAAUACCCAGACCAUUGUUGUCGUACCCGGGGCUGAAGCCAAGAUCCUUACUUCUCACGUGGUGAUUGAUCUCGUUGAAAAGGCAGGCAAGAGCUAUGCAGUACAGAACACCGAGCUGGUCGUUGACCCUGUGAAAUUGAGUAUUUUCGGACAUCGAUUCAUGAGUAUUGCCGAGCAGAUGGGUCGCACGCUGCAGAAAACCAGCAUCUCGCUCAACAUCAAAGAGCGAUUGGACUUUUCGUGUGCCAUCUUCAGUCCAGUCGGCGACUUAGUCGCGAAUGCCCCGCAUGUACCAGUCCAUCUGGGCAGCAUGAGCUACGCGGUCAAGUAUCAACAUGAGCUGCAUCGCGGUAGCCUCCGUCCAGGCGAUGUACUGGUCUCGAAUCAUCCCGAAGCUGGAGGAACCCACCUUCCAGUGUUCGACGAGGACGGCAGGACAAUUUGUUUCUACACCGCAUCAAGAGGUCAUCACCUUGAUAUUGGUGGAUCAAAGGGAAACUCAAUGCCUCCCGACUCUACGGAACUUUGGCAAGAGGGUGCAGCUAUCAAAUCUUUCUUCUUGAUCCGCGACGGCAAGUUCGACGAAGAGGGCAUUGUGAAGAUCCUCCUUGACCCCGGACUUUUCCCAGAUUGCAGCGGCUCUCGACGCCUGCCGGACAACCUCUCGGACCUGAAAGCCCAAGUAGCAGCAAAUACGAAAGGCAGCGUCCUUAUCAAAGCACUCAUGGACGAAUUUGGAAUAUCUGUCGUGCACUUUUACAUGGCGAAGAUCCAAGAAAACGCCGAGGUCUCUGUCCGAAGAUACUUGUCGUCGGCAUACAAGCGCUUCGGCUCAAAGCCGCUGAAGGCUGUCGACUACCUUGAUAAUGGCUCUCGGAUGCAAGUCUCCAUCACGAUUGAUGAAGCCGGAUUUGGUACCUUCGAUUUCACCGGCACCUCUUGCGAGAUGCUCUCCAACAUGAAUGCACCGCCCGCAAUCACCUACUCAGCCCUGAUUUACACUCUUCGUUUGCUAAUCGGGUCCGACAUUCCGUUAAACCAAGGUUGUCUUGCACCUACCAAGGUGAUCCUUCCGAAGAACACAUUUUUGAACCCGGGACCCCAGUCGGCAGUUUGCUGCGGGAAUACUCUCACUUCACAACGGCUGGUUGAUCUGCUUCUAAAAGCCUUCAGAGCUGCAGCCGGAUCUCAAGGCUGCAUGAACUGUUUUGGGUUCUUUGGAAAUUCUGUUGACCCUGCGGCUUUCUCGGGGAAAUCUAAAGAUGUCAGCUCCGGAGGUUUCGGUUUCGGCUACGGCGAAACCAUUUGUGGCGGCGAGGGCGCUGGUCCGACUUGGCACGGGGCCUCUGGCGUCCAGAUCCACAUGACCAACACCCGGACGACGGAUAUUGAGAUCAUUGAGAAGCGUUACCCGGUCCUCAUUCGCGAAUUUUCUAUCCGAAAAGGCAGUGGGGGUGAUGGAAAGUUCCGAGGAGGCUGCGGUAUUGUGCGGGACUUUGAGUGUCGGGCUCCUCUUACGUACGGCAUCAUCUCAGAGCGCCGCGUACACCAGCCGUACGGGAUGAUGGGCGGGGAGAACGGAGAAUCCGGUGCUAAUUACUGGGUCCAGAAGACUGACGAUGGCGAUGAAAGGUGGAUCAAUAUCGGGCCUAGAGGCCAAGUUGACAUGAAGACUGGCGAUCGAUGUGUAAUUCAUACUCCGGGAGGAGGAGGCUGGGGUAUUCCAAAUGAGUUGAGUCUCCAGGAUCAUGAGCACAAUGGGGUUGAUGGUCCUUGGACAGGUCAGAAUGUGUACCCCAGGGCCACAGGCAGUCUUCAUGCUUUUGCUGCUGCACAGGAGGCUUCGUCUUAG